AUGAAGAUCAUUUGUUGGAAUGUGAGGGGAGUGAGUUCCCAAGGCUCCCUUCACAGAUUAAAAAACUUGGUGAGGUUACAUAAACCAAGAGUGGUCUGCAUCUUAGAGCCAUUCAGGGAAACUGACAAAAUCAAAGAGCUUGCCUUUAAAAUUGGUUGGGGAGGCAAUAGAUGUGCAGGAAAUGAAAAUAUUUGGAUCCUUUGGGACAGUGGAACAAAGGUGCAAGUUGAAAACAUGAGCGAGCAGAUGAUAACAAUAAAAAUGGAAAUGGCUGAAUUCAACACAGAUGCAUUCAUUUCAUUUGUGUAUGCAAGUUGCAAUAGAAGAUUGAGGCAGGAGCUUUGGGAAAAUAUAGGAAGAAUAGCUGAGGAUUAUGAGGAGAAUAUGUGGGCAGUCAUGGGGGACUUCAACUGCAUCUUAAGGCCAGAAGAAAAGAGAGGGGGGAAUGCCUAUGACCUAAAUAAGAGCAGAGAAUUCCAAGUCUGCCUGGAUCAUGCUGAGCUGAGAGAAGUAAACUUCUAUGGGAAUAACUUCACUUGGUGGAAUGGGAGAUCAGGGGACCAAGCCAUUUGGGUGAGACUGGACAGAUGUGUGGUCAAUGAUAAGUGGGAAACAGCAGCUCAAACACAUGUGCACCAUCUGUCUAAAAGCACCUCAGACCACUCCCCUCUUUUGGUGGCUAUUGAGCCGCACAUAAGGAUAGGAAGGAAGCAAUUCUCAUUCUUGAAUGUGUGGUGUGAGCAUGAACAGUUCUUGGGAAUUGUAAAAAAAGUGUGGAGUGAGGAGGUGGUGGGAAACUCAAUGUACAGAUUUGCCACAAAGUUAAAAAAGACAAAAAGAGUGUUGAAAAAUUGGAACUGGGAAGUGUUUGGAAACAUAUUUGAAAAAGUCAAGUUGUUAGAGGAGAGGGUGAGGGUGUGUGAGGAGGUUUUACAGGGCUGUGUGAGUGAGGGGAAUAUGUUGGAGUAUAAAAAAGCACAAGCUGAAUUGCAAAAACAAGUUAGGAUAGAGGAGGGGUUUUGGCAACAAAAAGCACACUCUCAAUGGGUGGUGGAUGGAGAGAGAAACUCUAAAUAUUUUCAUGGGAUUGUGAGAGAGAGGAGGAGGAAACAGUUCAUUCACAAAAUAAGAGGGGAUGGAGGGCAAUGGGAGUCUGAACAGGAGAGAAUAGAUGAAAUGGCUGUUCACUUCUUCCAGAGGUUGUACUCUGAAGAGGAAAUUCAAGCUAACCCCCUAGUUUAUGAUUGUUUGCAGGAAAUGGUUACAGAUGAGGAAAAUGCUAAACUCAUAGCUAUCCCCUCAGAAGGGGAAAUAAGGAGUAGUGCGUUUAGCAUGAGUACUUCAAGUGCAGCAGGCCCAGAUGGAUUUGGGGAGGCUUUUACCAAAGCUGCUGGGACAUAA